AGAGAGAGAGAGAGAGAGAGAGAGAGAGGGAUCUGACAAUCAGAUGAGGAAGUGGUGAUGGUGAGCACAUGGGUGUGGUUGGUUAGCAGUUAGCCCACGAGCCUGUCACACUGACACGCGGGGAGGCUCUGGAGAUGCGGCUGAACCUCGGCACUGGCAGGAUGGACGCCAAGGUUUGUUUGACCGUGUUGCUGUUUGUCACUUUGAGGGUGUCAGAGGCUCAAAGUCCCAAACCCACAAACCACACGGAACCUGACGCUCCCACUGCUCCAGCCCCCAGAGAUGCAACAGGAAGCGGAGUGGAAACCUCCGGCACCAGACAAACUGGCUCCUCCCAGGAAACCACACAACAGCACAGUGAAGGCAUCAGCACCAACCUGGUCGUCACCACGGCUACGUCACGAGUGCAGACUGACACAGCAUUCACGGCGUCGUCCUCCCCAUCAGCAAAAGUGAAAACCACCUAUCAAUCUGUUGCCUGGGAUCCGAAGUGGGACCACAGUUUUACCUACGAUUAUAAGUCCCUGCGCCAGGCUGGUCUGACCAUUGCGGCGUUUCUCUUCAUACUGGGCAUACUGGUUAUCAGCUGUGGAAAGGUCUGCCGGCUACGCAGGUGUCAGGGGAGGUCAUCAAAGUCGUAUCAGGUGGCCCGAGCGUAAGGAGCACGAGCUGGCGACCGGGAGACAAACACUCGACCGACACCCGGCAACGCGGAUGGACUGACUGUACGCUGCUUAGAGACAGCGUCACACAAACAGCCUGAAUAAACAGCACCAGCAUGAAUCAUGCGCACGCUGAAACAGUGCAACCGUCAGCCUCUCAACCUUCCUGUUUGUGUCUCUGCUUGAUAAAACUCUACUAAAAAGUAAAGUGAUUAUCGCUCCAAAUAAUAAAAGUGAUUUGAAUUUUAAACACACCUUCAUCCAUGAAGCCGGCCUGUUUCUAAUGGCCUUUUUAUCUUCUAAUUGAUAACACAGCCAUAGGCAGUGUCUCAUACCUAGGAUUAUUAUUAAAGGUUAUGAAGAAAAACA